GGCAGGAGGCAGCAUUGGCAUUGGGGGGAGCACGUUUCCAAUGCGAGGCGUGCGGGGAGGCAUUCCCUGACCUCUCCUAUCUGCAGACACACCGUCUGACCCAUUCAGACAUGAUCUUCGAGUGCGAGGCGUGUGGGGAGACAUUUCCUGAUCUGUCCGGUCUCCGGACUCACCGUCUAACACAUUCGGACAUGAUUUUCGAGUGUGAUGCCUGUGGUGAGACCUUCCCUGACCCGUCCAGUCUACAGGCUCAUCGUCUGACCCACUCAGACAUGAUCUUCGAGUGCGAGGUGUGUGGGGAGACAUUUCCCGAUCUGUCUGGUCUCCAGGCUCACCGUCUGACACAUUCGGACAUGAUCUUUGAGUGUGACGCCUGUGGUGAGACCUUCCCUGAUCUGAGCAGCCUCCAGGCUCACCGUCUGACCCACUCAGAUGCAACAAUUGAGUGUGAGGCUUGUGGGGAGACAUUCCCCAACCUGUCUAGCCUACAGACACAUCGUCUAACACAUUCGGACAUGAUCUUUGAGUGUGACGCCUGUGGUGAGACCUUCCCUGACCCGUCUAGUCUGCAGACUCACCGUCUGACCCACUCAGACAUGGUCUUUGAGUGUGAAGCGUGCGGGGAGACCUUCCCUGAUCUGUCCGGCCUCCAGACUCACCGUCUGACCCACUCAGACAUGGUCUUUGAGUGUGACGCCUGCGGGGAGACCUUCCCCGACCUGUCUAGUCUGCAGGUGCACCGUCUGACCCACUCAGACAUGAUCUUUGAGUGUGAAGCGUGCGGGGAGACAUUUCCCGAUCUCUCCAGCCUCCAAACGCAUCGUCUGACUCAUGCAGAUAUGGGCUUUGAGUGUGAGGCGUGCGGGGAGACUUUUCCCGAUCUGUCAGGGCUCCAGGCUCACCGUCUGUCUCACUCAGACAUGAUCUUUGAAUGUGAUGCGUGUGGGGAGACCUUCCCUGAUCACUCGUGCCUGCAGACGCACCGACUGACACACUCAGACAUGAUCUUUGAGUGUGGGGCGUGCAGAGAGGCUUUCCCUGACCUGCCUAGUCUCCAGGCUCACCAAAUGACCCACGGGGAGGCGCUCCCGGGGCUUGGAGCACAGCGCCCACCGCCCAGUCUGGUCUGUGAUGUGUGUGGUGGGAGCUUUGCCAGCCCGACUCACCUGUCUCUCCACCGGCGGCGGGCCCACACUGACAUGGGCACCCGUCCGUUCGGCUGCUCGCUUUGCGGACGAAUCUUCACCAAGGCCUCGGCCUGGCGUGCCCACCAGGCCGUCCACACUGGCCAGAAGCCCUACCGAUGCCAGGUCUGCCCCCGUUCCUACAACCGCCUGGACAACCUGCGCCGUCACCAGAGGGUGCACCUGGGGGAGAAGCCUUUCCGCUGCACGGCCUGCGGCCAGGGCUUCCCCUCCUCGGCCUCUCUCAGGGCCCACCGGGCGGCCGAGCACGGCCUGAUCGGCGGGGGGGUCUUGUCCAGGCUGGAGGAGCCCGAUCAGCGUCACAGUAGCCCGGUCUCUGAGCGUGGGGCCUCUCCGCAGGCCCACUCCUCCCAGCGUGACCCCUGCGUCGAGACCUUCGGCAGCCCGGCCCCAGAGGUCCGUGGGAGAGGAGGGGCAGGAGGUUUGGAGUUGGAAGAGAUGCCGAGCCCACUUCUUGUGCCCCCACCCCCCCUGGACAAGCCCUUCCGCUGCCCAGCCUGCGGCAAAGGCUUCAGCCAGGCCGUCUCCCUGCGAAAGCACCGCUGCCCGGGCCCCGCUCCCGUGGGGCGACAGGGGGGGCAGACACAGGCCCCGCGCAGGGGCCCUCGGCCCCGCACUCACCCCCGGGAGCGCUCCUUCCGAUGCCAGGUCUGCCCCCGUUCCUACAACCGCCUGGACAACCUGCGCCGUCACCAGAGGGUGCACCUGGGGGAGAAGCCUUUCCGCUGCACGGCCUGCGGCCAGGGCUUCCCCUCCUCGGCCUCUCUCAGGGCCCACCGGGCGGCCGAGCACGGCCUGAGGAGGGCCGCCCCGGCCCCUGCCCUCCGCUGGCCUAACACCUCCGCCUCUUCCCCUCCUCCUCCCCCACCCCCUCCUCCUUCCCCUCCCCCCCCCAUCAAGGCUGAGGACGAGGACCUGCUGCAGGCCGAGGCCUUCCAGCUGACGGGGAGUUGGAGAGGGCCGAAGAGUGAGGAGGAGGAGGGGGGUGGGGAGUGCGGAGAGUGUGGCCAGCGGCUGCCGGACGAGGCUUCGAUGGCACGGCACCGCCUCCUCCACGCCUGGGAGCGGCCCUUCCGUUGCGACGCCUGCGACCGGGCCUUUGCCGACUCCUCCUCGCUGACGGAGCAUCAGCUGGGACACAGCCGGGAGGAGGAGGGCCCGUCGCCCCUCCGCCCCGCCGUGGACGGGCCGCGCCCGCUGUACGUGCUGCGGCGCCUCCCGGCCUGGGGCGGGGGCCCGUGCCGGUGCCAGGUCUGCAGCGAGCUCUUCGACGACCCUUCGGCGCUGCAGGCCCACGUCCAGCGGGCCCACGGCGAGGGAGGGGGGCCCGUGGAGGGGGAGGGGGAGAAGCCCAGGCCGCCCGUCCCGGCCCCGGCCCCGGGCUCGUCCCGGGCCAAGCCCUUCCAGUGCGACGUGUGUCGCAGGAGCUUUGCCCAUCCGUCCGCCCUAAGGGCCCACCAGACCAUCCACACCGGCACCAAGCCCUACGCCUGCAACGUGUGUGCUCGCACCUACAACCGGCUGGACAACCUCCGGAGGCACCAGCACUGCCACCUCAAGUCGCCCCUCUGAGGGCGAGGCAGACACCGAGGGCAGCUGGUGAAUCAGCUUCACCGCAGACUCUUCAGGACCGGGAGGCAUGGGGGAGGGUUGUGGAGGUGUGGAGGCAGACUCACUGAGGGAGGGUGGAGGGAGCCCAGCCCUGCGUAUGUACGGAACUUCACUGUAGGCCAGGCCCUGGGACAGUGUGGAAGGAGCUUCACUCAGUGUCUGACCCGGGGAGUCACUCUAUCGCUCUUUGGUGCCCCCUCUCCCUCGAAGCGAUCUCUCCACAGUCCUUACCCCACCGAGUUCAACACCAACACUGGACAGAGCAGAUCAGCACUUGGGUCAUGGCCAGGAGACUGUGAAGUAUAUGAGGUGGUUGUCUGUGUAAUUUAAUAUAAAUUUAUAUAUGUAUGUGUUAUAUAAGAAGGUUAGCUUGUUUAGUUAGUGCGACUCCAUUUACGGUGCUUCCUACCCACUCAUUUUUGUGUGGCUGAUUUUCUCUGAAGUUUCUGAAUUCAUCCUACUCCAGAAAUCCAUUAAAGUUUUUAAAAUAAGAAAAAGAAAGUUGGAGUUUCUCUGGGAAUCAGCGUCAGUGUGUGUCUGAUGGAUUUUGUGGAGAGUGUGUGACUUUCCAUCAGGAAUUCAGCGGACUCUGGUCUGUUUGGGAUUCCGAGAUAUGGGAAUAGAGUGUGUCUGUCCGGGAUUGAGAGAUGUAGUGUGUCUAUCUGGGAUUGCGAAAUGGUGUGUGUCUGCCUGGGAUUGGGGAUUGGUGUGUGUCUGCCUGGGAUUGGGGAUUGGUGUGCAUUUGUCCGGGAUUCGGGGAUGGCGUGUAUCCCUUCGGGAUGGGGUAUUGCGUGUAUCUGUCUGGGUUUGGGAUUUGGUGUGUGUAUGUCUGGGAUUGGGGAAUCGUGUGUCUGUCUGAGAUUGGGGGACGGUGUGUGUCUGUCUGAGACUGAGGAUGGAGUGUCUCCGUCGGGGAUCGGGGGAUGGAGCGUGUCUGUCUGGAAUACAGGGUUGGU